GUGUGUCGUCACGAUGAUGGAAUGAAGAAUCCUCUUCACUUUACUCAAAAACAUUCUUCUGUGGAGUUCUUGCUACCGAUGGAAGACAAACACUGACGUUUAUUCGGCUCAAUGGGACGUUCGACGAAAUAACACCGGCAAGGCGCGGCUUCAACGCGCAAACAGGAUUUUAUAGCUGCCUCCCUGCCGUGUGGUAAUCACCGGGACAUUGCAGAAGAUACUCAACAAGAACUUGAGAACGUUACACCUGCAAGCUCAGAUGGCCCACCACUAUGAGUCCUGGUUGCGGACAGCACCAUCUAGUGGCAACUCCGAAGACAUCAACAACAUCCCUUCAUGGUGGGAUCUCCAGAGGGAGGUUCACUCAGGGAACUGGAUUGAUCUCCACACAGGGCAAGGUUUAGGUUUGCCUUCCGUGAGUCCAGGGAGCUCCAUGGGUCUGCAGUCCUCUUUAGCAUCCUACGGUUCCGACCCGCAGCUCUGCGCCUUGCCUCUGGCUCAGCAUGUACCGCCAUCGCACUCGCCUCACUUCUUCCCUCAGGACUGCUUCAAGAUGGAGCCUCUGCCUGCUGAAAUCCUGCAACAGGAGCCGCUCCCCCUGGAGGAGCCACAGGAGAAUGUCGGGUUGGCCCGCCCAAAGUCCCAGCGACGCGCUUCCAGAGGCGGCGGCACGGCGGCCUGUCGCUGCCCUAACUGCGUUCACGCGGAGCAACUGGGUCAGAGCGCCGACGACAGCCGGAGGAAGCACAUGCACAACUGCCACAUCCCCGGCUGUGGCAAAGCCUACGCCAAGACCUCCCAUCUGAAGGCUCACCUACGCUGGCACAGCGGGGACAGGCCGUUCGUCUGCAACUGGCUCUUUUGCGGCAAGCGGUUCACGCGUUCCGAUGAACUGCAGCGCCACCUGCAGACGCACACCGGCGCCAAGAAGUUCAGCUGCACGCUGUGCCCUCGAGUGUUCAUGCGCAACGAUCACCUGGCCAAGCACAUGCGCACGCACGAUUCCACGGCCGGGCGCGGUGAGGAAAGGGUGAACGUAGAGGAAAAGGUCUUUGAUUCCUCCAAAUCUCCUCAGUCAUCUUCAAGCAUGACCAUGCCUGACACCUCAGAGUCUUCCCUUAAGUUGAUGUGUAAGACAGAGUCCUCGGUCUCCAGUGGAACUGUAUAGUGAACAUCAUUUCAUAACCACCGUCAAGAUUUUAAAAGGUUUCUGUCUGUUGCACUUUGUGUCAUAAGACUUGUACAAUGGAGUGUUUUAGGUUACAAAGCUACUUGGAACAGAAUGUGCUCUGCAAAAUGAUUGACAUUGAGCGAACCACAAACUGAUAAACCAGAAAGGCUCUCAGUAGAGCACAGACCUCUGCUGAGGUGAGUUUUUAUGUUGGUCCACCUGUAUGUUAGCAGGCCUGCUUUAUAGAGGGUGAUGUAAGUGUCAGAACCGUAGGGGAGUUUUUAUCAUGAUGCUCUAAAAAAUUCAGAGUUUCUCUUGUCAAUGAGGAAUAGGGUUUUGCAUGAUAGUAGGUCUCCGCUAUGUUUUAUACGUGUUCCAAGAACUCCCGACAAAGGCAAAAAAAACUGCUAAUAACUAUGAAUAGUUUAUACAUGAAACCAGGGGUCUCCAACAGGCAGCAGAUUUUGAGUACUUGCCAAAACUCUUUGCUAUUUUUAAACGUGCUCUGUUCAGUCUAUUUGAUGACAAAACUAGUGUUGUCAGAUGAAUCAUUUCUUUAUGUAUAAUUCAUUUGUUUUUAAUCUCACCUAAAAAUUGAUGGCAUGGUCGAUCAAAAGAUUGACGUGUAUGACAAAAAAAGGUGGCUUUGUAAACUCAUUUAAGUGUGACUUGAAAGUACCGUAUUUUUCAGAUCUAUAAGGCGCACUUAAAAUCCUUUCAAUCCGCCUUAUAACCCGGUGCGCUUAAUGUACGGCAUCAUUCAGGUUGUGCUUACCAACCUCGAAGCAAUUUCAUUUGGUACAUGGUGAAAUGAUAAGUGUGACCAGUAGAUGGCAGUCAUACAUAGGAGAUACGUGUAGACUGCAAGAUGACGCCAGUAACCAACACCAAAACUUUAAAUGUUCCAUUGAGAAUAUAGAACAGUGGUUCUUAACCUUGUUGGAGGUACCGAACCCCACCAGUUUCAUAUGCGCAUUCACCGAACCCAAACCGUAAUCAUAAAAUGAUGUUAUUAUAUUAAAGAAAUACUAAUAAAGAUAUAUUUUUACAAACGGAAAGUUACAGGAAUGUACACAUGAUCCCAUGUUUACAUCUCAUUGUGCAACAUGUGAAUGUUUUGGUGGGAACUAAAUGCGAUAUCUAAAAGGGGUACACAUUAUUUACAAAGUAGGACCCCCCCACGCAGACAUAUAUUACUAGUACACAGCUCAUGAAAAACAAUAUGUUAUAGUCAUUGUAAGUGGGCCAAAACACUUAUAUUGGAAAAUAAUCUCAUGGAAAUGACUGCUGUCAUUUGAUUACAAUAAUAAAACAUUGAACUUGUUAUUUAGUCAGGUUUGGGACAAGUGUGCUGCAGGUGUGACCACAGUGCAUGUGCACGUCUGACGUCGCUCACAUGUGCUCUACCGAAUGCUCAAGGAGUUUUUGCGUUUGCUUACACAUAUGGAAAAUUAGAGGGAACGUUGUUUGGGGGUAUCCAUAAUACGCCGACAGGGAGAAGUUUUUAUUUACACGAUGAGUCUGGUGUGUCUUGACCUCCGCAGCGGAGGCUCUGCCGAACCCCUGAGGCCGACUCACCGAACCCCUCGGGUUCGAUCGAACCCAGGUUAAGAACCACGGCGCAUCCUGAAGAAACGCUCAGAAAGCUUCUUGAAAACGGUCUGUAAAACAUAAUCUAUGCAACAUUUUGACCAAAGAACCACCAUCACAUGUUAUGUAGCCAACAAGAUAGUGUUUUAGAUUUAGAAUAAAAUCAUAAUAUGACCCUUUUAGUGCGCCUUUUAAUCCGGUGCGCCUUUUGUAUGAAAAUAGAACUGACUAGACCCGCUCAUCGGCAGUGCGCCCUAUCGUCCGAAAAAUACGGUACACAAGUCAGUAAUAAAUCACACAAACGGAAGUACAAAUGAGAACAAUAAUAAUAACAAAUCUAUGGCUGUGCCACUUCAACAUGUCCAGAUCAUAUUAUGUAUUUAAACUAGGGAUGUAACUAGAGAUGUCCGAUAAUGCGUUAAAAUGUAAUAUCGGAAAUUAUCGGCAUCGGUUUUUUAUUAUCGGUAUUGUUUUUUGGGGUUUUUUUUAUUUUUAUUAAAUCAACAUAAAAAACACAAGAUACACUUACAAUUAGUGCACAAACCCAAAAAACCUCCCUCCCCCAUUUACACUCAUUCACACAAAAGGGUUGUUUCUUUCUGUUAUUAAUAUUCUGGUUCCUGCAUUAUAUAUCAAUAUAUAUCAAUACAGUCUGCAAGGGAUACAGUCCGUAAGCACACAUGAUUGUGCGUGCGUUCAUUAAUUACUAGUUUCUAUGUAACUGUUUUUAUAUUGUUCUACUUUCUUUUUUAUUCAAGAAAAUGUUUUUAAUUUAUUUAUCUUAUUUUAUUAAUUUUUUUAAAAAGUACCUUAUCUUCACCAUACCUGGUUGUCCAAAUUAGGCAUAAUAAUGUGUUAAUUCCACGACUGCAUAUAUCGGUUGAUAUCGGUAUCGGUAAUUAAAGAGUUGGACAAUAUCGGAAUAUAGGAUAUCGGCAAAAAGCCAUUAUCGGACAUCCCUAAAUGUAACCAUAUGAACAUAUCAUAUAUCGCGGUUGUUGUGACCAAAAUGAUCAUGAUAUUGUUGUUGUUAUACACACACUGAAAUAUUUGACAAUGUUUUAUAUAAGAAAUGUAAUACAAUGAAUAGACACACAAUAUACUUCCUUUGCAGAAGAAAUUGUAUAUAUUGUUCUGGCGUCUUAAGAGCCAUAUUAUUUUUGAGUGUUUAAAUAUGUUUAUCUUCUUCCGUUUGAAUUUGUAAUGGUUUUAGUGUUUUUUUGUAUAAUGAAAGUUAAUUUCCGGUGUAUGUGACAUCAUCCUGUUCUAGACACGUCCAUGACAAUAUUCCUCUGAUUAUAGAUCGAUCGCUGUGUUCUAAGACAACGUGAUUGAUAUGUGAUGGUUGCGAAGACGGCAACAUGUUUAUAGAAGUUUGGAUUGUAGUAUGUGGUCCCUAAUGUUGAAAUACAUUAUUGUGUCCUUAGAGAUAGGUUGAUUGGCAACACUAAAUUGGCCCUAGUGUGUGGACGUUGAUUAUCUGUGUUGGCCCUGCGAUGAGGUGGCGACCUGUCCAAGGGUGUACCCCCCCUUCCGCCCGAGUGCACCUGGGAUAGGCUCCAGCUACCCCAGCGACCCUGUGAGGGACAAGCAGUAGAAAAUGGAUAGAUGGAUGGUGUUUAUGUUUGAAUUCAAACCAGCAAUCAAGCGCUAGUUGGUCCGUGGGGAUUAUUAAAGUGCGGUUAUCUAUCACAGUUUUAUGGUCAGUUUCAUUUUAAAGCAGGGGUGUCAAACUCAACAGAGUGGCCCAAAAUUUAAAACUGAACAAAGGUUGAACAAAUUAACCUUUUAAUAGGGACCCAAACAAGUUUUGCAUUGAAUAUUGAACAAGCAAAGCUUAUAUAACUUUAUAGUGACAUGCAAAAUCCAGUUUCAAAUAAUAAUAAUAAUAAUUAAAAAAUAUCAAUGGCAUAUCAAAUAUAAUUUAAAUAAAAAUUGAAUGCCUCUUUUCUAUUUGCAGCCAUCUGAGGUAAAUAUCAACAUUAACUUUUUCCACAGGCUAAUAUAUUUGAAAAUAAAAUAACAAUGAAUGAAACAACCAUUCAGGACUUUCAACUGCUCUGUUUGCAACACAAUGAUUUAAUCUGAUGUGCCCAAGCCAGAUACCUGCCAUCUUUUCUGGGACGCUAGUUCAUUAAUGUCGGGGCUCAGGCUUUGAGCUGAGGCAACCUUCAUUAUCGAACGAAGGUCUUCAUCAGUCAUUAUAUCUCGUCCACCCGGACCACAGUCUUGGGGGCGUGCCUUAAAUGCACUGCCUUUAACGUCCUCUAUGAGCUGUCGUCACGUCCGCUUUUCAUCCGUUCUAACAUGGUUCAGACCCGGUCACAAGAUAUGUGCGGCUUCUGUACCACACACGAGUGAAUGCAAUGCAUACAGGUUUCACUGAGCGUGCCAGUAUAAAAAACUUUAACACUGUUAGAAAUAUGCGCCACACUGUGAAUCCACACCAAACAAGAAUGACAAACACAUUUCGGGAGAACAUCCGCACCGUAACACAACAGAACAAAUACCCAGAAUCCUUUGCAGUGUGGCGUAUAUUUCUAACAGUGUUAACGUUUUUUAUUCGGCUACCCUCAGUGUAACCUGUACCGCUGUUGAUGAAGUAUGCGUUGCAUGCAAUUGUGUGUGCGUGCAGAAGCCGCACAUGUUAUGUGACUGGGCCAGCACUCGUUGAACUGAGUUUGACACCCAUGUUUUAAACGCUGAUACUGCGGUUCAUCUUUAAUUCAAUGUAUUGUUACAUCCCGAUUUUAAAUACAAAUCUUGGCCACAUUUAAACUUUCUGUCAUUACAUGAUGCCUUUUAGCUCAAGUUUUCUUCUUUUUUUUUUUUCCUUUUGGUAGGGCGUCCAUGAAAAAAAGCCAGGUUCCAUGCAUGUGUCCCACUGACCAGCGAGAGGUCUUAGCAUAUGACGGAAGCCUGUCCCCUGAUUCUAGUUAGCACUGUGGUUAGCCACUGGUCCUGCUAGCCUAAGAAGACGAGCACUUGCUGUUGGGAAUAAAAAAUCGAAUUAAUUAAUCACAAUUAACAAGAUAAUAUGACAUCUUUUCACAAAAUUCUGCCAAAUGGCAUUAAAAUAGUGACUGUACUGUUUGAGUGGAAAUAAAGUUCAAUGUUGUGUUCAAACGUUUGCAGUUUCACUCUAUAGUGGAUUUUUUUAAAGCAAAUUAUAUGUGCUUUUGCCCUAAAUGUUGCCUAAAAAUGGCUAAAUGGAAGAAAAAUCGCAAUAAUACAAUUGGCUACUCGAUGAGACCAAACCAAUAAGAACCUGUUCAGUAUCUUGGCCACUGAUUGACUCAGCCUCAGGCAGCUGGAUGCUGGAUGUUACAAGUGUAAAGUGGACUAUGUGGGUGUUGCUUCAUGUCUAGAGGGUUUUCACGAUUUAAAUUUUUUUUUAAAUUGGCGUGUUUUUUUUUAUGCUCUAGCCACGAAAAUAUUUGCUCUAAAAUGAACGAAAGUUCAUCGAUCCCAGUCAAUUAACAGCGAUAAACAAAGGUUUACUGUAAAUGCCAGUCAUAUAAACAAAAUACAAAUGACAAGAUUCUUCUUGUUUCGUCCCUGUCGCUCUGAUAGUGACUGACGUUGGAGACCCCCUACUGUAAGCCCCGUUAUAUGACACUCAAAAUAUAUUUUAGUAAAAUAUGUUUUACCAUAGGUGACCCAAUGCGGCAGGUGUGUCACCACGCCAUGAACAAUAGGAUGCAGCUGCAUACCAGCUAUACUUUGUUUAUUUUAGGCAUGAUUUUACAUAUGAUUAUACCAUUUUUUUUUGGUUGUUUACGUUUGUGUAACCCAGCCAAUGAAGAGAGGAGAAAAGUGAAACAUUAUAUUGGCAAAUGUUCAGUAACCAGAUGAAAGUGUCUCAUUUGGUAUCAAGAGUGUUUUGCAGGACUUUAAUGGAGCUGUUGGCAACUUUUUACCUGUUAACUCAACUACUAUGUCUGUAACUACAAUUGUAAAUGUUUUCUUUUUUGAAUCGAAACAAAUCCUAUUAGUGAGUAUUGUGAAUUACACAAUACACGGGGCAUUAUUAUUUAUUAUUACAGCUCUUCACAGCACUCAAGUGUACAAAAUUAAUCAUCACUUACCUUGCUUUGGACAAUUAAUUGUUUUCUGGGUCAAGUCAAAUGACAAAGGAUGAUUUCUAGAACAUUACUGUCAUAUUGAGUAAAAAAAAAAAAAAAAAGUGUUUGCAAACCUUACAAAAGCACAUGUUUCUAGUAAAACUCACAAAGAUACAUUAAUACAGGCAUUAUUAGAGAUAUUGCAUGUUCAGUUUAGGAGUUAUGAUUGAAACAAUUUUUUGUUGCUUCAAUCUCAUUAUCUCAGGAUUCUAAGAACAUUACUGUCAUAUUGAGUAAAAAACAAAUGUUUGUGUUUGCAAACCUUACAAAAGCCCAUGUUUCUAGUAAAACUCACAAAGAUACAUUAAUACAGACAUUAUUAGACAUAUUGCAUGUUUGGUUUAGGAGUUAUGCUUGAAGACAUUUGUAUUGCUUCAAUCACAUUAUCUCAGGAUUCUAAGAACAUUACUGUCAUAUUGAGUAAAAAACUUAUUUUUUUGUGUUUGCAAACCUUACAAAAGCCCAUGUUUCUAGUAAAACUCACAGCAAUAUAUAUAUAAUACAGGCAUUAUUAGACAUAUUGCAUGUUUGGUUUAGGAGUUUUGAUUGAAACAGUUUUUUGUUGCUUCAAUCUCAUUAUCUCAGGAUUCUAAGAACAUUGCUGUCAUAUUGGCUAAAAAACAAAUGUUGGUGUUUGUAAACCAUACAAAAGCACAUGUUUCUAGUAAAACUCACAAAGAUACAUUAAUACAGGCAUUAUUAGACAUAUUGCAUGUUUGGUUUAGGAGUUAUGCUUGAAGACAUUUUUAUUGCUUCAAUCGCAUUAGCUCAGGAUUCUAAGAACAUUACGGUCAUAUUGAGUAAAAAACACAUUUUUGUGUUUGCAAACCUUACAAAAGCCCAUGUUUCUAGUAAAACUCACAGAGAUAUAUUAAUACAUGCAUUAUUAGACAUAUUGCAUGUUUGGUUUAGGAGUUAUAAUUGAAACACUUUUUUAUUGCUUCAAUCGCAUUAUCUCAGGAUUCUAAGAACAUUACUGUCAUAUUGAGUAAAAAACUAUUUUUUUGUGUUUACAAACCUUACACAAUCCCAUGUUUCUAGUAAAACUCACAAAGAUACAUUAAUACAGGCAUUAUUAGAGAUAUUGCAUGUUUAGUUUAGGAGUUAUGCUUGAAGACAUUUUUUAUUGCUUCAAUCGCAUUGUCUCAGGAUUCUAAGAACAUUACUGUCAUAUUGAGUAAAAAACAAAUUUUUGUGUUUGCAAACCUUACAAAAGCACAUGUUUCUAGUAAAACUCACAGAUAUAUUAAUACAGGCAUUAUUAGACAUUUUGCAUGUUUGGUUUCGGAGUUAUGCUUGAAGACAUUUUGUAAUGCUUCAAUCGCAUUAUCUCAGGAUUCUAAGAACAUUACUCAUGUCAUAUUGAGUAAAAAACAAAUGUUUGUGUUUGCAAACCUUACAAAAGCACAUGUUUCUUGAAAAACUCACAGAGAUACAUUAAUACAGGCAUUAUUAGACAUAUUGUAUGUUUGGUUUAGGAGUUAUGAUUGAAACAAUUUUUUAUUUCUUCAAUCACAUUAUCUCAGGAUUCUAAGAACAUUACUGUCAUAUUGAGUAAAACACAAGUUUUUGUGUUUGCAAACCUUACAAAAGCACAUGUUUUUAGUAAAACUCACAUAGAUGUAUUAAGUAAUGUAGGCAUAAUUAGUCAACAUUAUUGUACACUGUAAUUAGGAAGCUUAUUACAAACAUACUUCAUGGUGUUUAUUUUAUGUUGUAAAAGAUGGCUCUUCUUUAAAUUAUUUACUCUAUUAAUUUGUAAGUUGUAGAGAGCAAUGAUGAU